AGGAGGGGGGGAUAGACGAGGGUUGGGAUGCGGAAAGCGAGAGCCUAGGAGCUGUCUACCAUCACAUACACGCGCACCAACCUCUCUUUCGCUCGCCGAACAAGGGUUGCAGCCUGUCAAAUCAGUUGGGGCGAGCGCGGCGCUCCCCACGAAUAAUAAAGAGAUAGGGGAGGAACACCACCGAUUUCUCGAUUUUACCGCUAAGAGAGAAGGGGAGGGGACCGGGGAGAGAAAUUGCUGGUAGUGGGUUACGGUUAUAAUACAGAAUAAUAAAAAGAAACGUACACAUUUCCAACAGUUACGAAAUCUCAAGACGACAGACGCAGUCAAAUUAUAAGACCUGAGAGGUGAAAGCAUGGAGAUGUCUGAGGCAUUGUCACAGCAGGAGAGACUCCAGGCGAUAGCGGAGAAGCGGAAGAGGCAGACGGAGAUCGAGAACAAGAGAAGGCAGCUGGAAGAUGAUCGCAGACAGCUCCAGCACCUCAAGUCAAAGGCGUUGCGGGAACGAUGGCUGCUGGACGGGGCGCCCUCUGCUGGUCCGGAGGAGGAUGAAGCGAAGAAACAGCUUCAGGAAGACGAGGCCAAGACCAAGGGUCUGGAAGAGUCUAUUGGCAGGCUGGAGCAGGAGCUGGAGGAGCUGGAGACAGGUGUGUCCGCGACCUCCACCAAAGAGAACCUGACGGACGCGGCCAAGGAGGAGGCGGCCAAGACCGGAGACAACAAAAAUCCUGCUGGCUCUGUGAAAGUGGUCAAAGUUCACAACAGCCCUCGUCAGGACAAGUCCGGAGGUGCCUCAGAUAUGAUGAAGGCAGCGAUGUACUCGGUAGAGAUCACCAUUGAAAAGGACAGACUCACGGGCGAGACUAAAGUGUUGUCCACCAAUACUCUGCUGCCUAAAGACCUCUCCCACCAAGGGGUCAAGGUAUAUGAGGAUGACCAAAAAGUUGUGCACGAGGUGCGCGGGGCGGACGGCGCGGUGGAGAACGGCGUGCACCUGCUGAGCUCCUCGGAGGUGGAGGAGCUGAUCCACAAGGCCGACGGGGCCACCGAGGGCGGGGGCACGCCCAAAGCGGGCGGGGGCGACGCGCCCAAGGCGGAGAUCACCGGCAUGGAGGCCAAGCCGGCCCCCGGGGCGGGCGGGGUGGUGGGCGAGGCCAGCGCCGAGAACCCCGUCACCAUGGUGUUCAUGGGGUACGAGAACGUGGACGACGAGGCGGAGACCAAGAAGGUGCUGGGCCUGGAGGGCUCGGUGAAGGCCGAGCUGGUGGUCAUCGAGGACGGCGAGGCCAAGGGCGGCGGCGGAGACGCGCCCAAGGAUGAGCAGGCCCCGCCCAACGGGAGCGCGGCCGACCCCGUCAAGGCCCAGGAGGGCGCCGGGGAGAAGGGCGAGAAGGGGGAGCCCGAGGCGCCCGGGGCGGAUCUCAACACCAAGGAGAAACAGCCCUGCAAGUGCUGCACCGUCAUGUGAGCGCGCCGUUGCCCCCGCGAACUUGACUUUUCACAGGAAGAAAAAAAAGAAAAAACAGCAACAAAUAAACUUACCAACAACUAAAAAGAAAAGUGUUUCUGUAUCUUUCGAACAGCAGUUGUUCCCCCCCCUCCCCUCCAGUUUAUUUUUGAUUUUAGAUUUUUUUUGUUUUUCCUUUUUUUUUUUGUACUUUUUUCUUUUCUUUUUUUCUCUGUGUUUGCAUCUGGAGUGUACAAUCGUCUCCGCUAAAACAGAAUCUGUCAGAAGGCGAGCCGUGCCUCUAUAGUCACGCUUUGACCUUUGACCGUUGAGAUUUGACAGCAGAGAGGGACUGCUACCCUCACCCCCCAGAGUUUUAAGUUGUUCAAGCGCUGUCCAAUAAAUAUUUUUUUAAAUGACAUCUCUUAUACACUGUCAUGAAUUUUAUAGUCUUAUCUUACCGUAUGAAGGACACAUAUAUCUAUGUAUAUCUCUCUAUAUAAAUUGUGUAUUUUAAAGAUAUAUUUAUUUGUUUUUUUUAUUAUUUUGUUUAGUUUUUUUUUUUUUUUUUUGCUUUCAUUUUGAGAAAAGACCUGGUUGGUGCGUGCUGCAACAUGGGGUUCAGUGCACUGCAUACCAUGCUAAUGAAUUUUAUUUUUCAAAAGAGUCAUAAUGAAUUAACCAGCGGGAACAAAGAAAAUGUAUAAUUUCAGCGACUGCAUCGAUAUAUUUAUGACUGAUAAUGCUGUGAGAGUAUUCCUUGGGUUUUGGUGUUCCAGAAAGAAAGAGCAGUGAUUAUUACCAUACCAUUUCAGGCAUACUCCAUAAGGGGGAAGGUCAUUUAAGUGGGAGGUCACAGAUGGGAUUUCGUUCUUAGCGUGUGUCUUGUAACGGCUGUUUGUUACGCGUGCUGGACACAGAUUUGCCUCUUAUGUCAUCCGACUGGCCAUUGGAGACCUUACCAGAUUCAGUCUCCUGUGAGCUGAGUGCUUUAUUCAGGUGCCAGUUCUGUACAAUAUUCUGAAACGCGCGGCUCCGUGGCGUCCUGACACACACUGCGCCGUGACUCACGAAACACGAACUUUUCUUUCUGGAACCGAAAAGUUAUUUUUGUCCGUAUUGCUCCUGCAACUGAAUCAGAAAUACCCACCCAUAUAACUGUAGUAAUGACAGUAGCGAAUUGAAUGGUGUUUCACACUGAGGCCUGAGACUGGAAAUAAAUGCUAUUGUGUAUGCAGCGACGUCCAUCUGGUCCCCUCCGUUCAGCUUGAUCUCUCCCGACGAACCAGGAUCCCCGUGAAAAUAGCUGGAUAGCGCUUGACGCCUCUGCGUCUGAAGAUCGACAGCCUGUGUUAAAAGUAGAUAAUCGUUUGAGUCCGAAUAACAAAAUAAUAUGUCAGUGUCAAGUAUACUGUACCUUUAAUUCCUUCGAAGCUCAAAACAGUGUGUAUUAAACUUGAUGGUUAUGGCAAGUUAAGAGUUUUUGAUGCUGUUCUGAUCCCAUUUAGUGCUACAAGUUGUAUGCGUGUGUGUAUGUGUGUGUGUGUGUGUGUGUGUGUGGUUGACCGAAGCGUUUCCAAUGUGUGAAAGAAGGGGUUCAUACUGAAGAACGCUGUUUUUCAUAGUUUUCAAUCGAUCCCCCUCAAGGUCAUGCCGGACUAUCUCAACUAAACUUUCUCCUCUCAUUAAUGACAACAAACAGGUCACAGAAUAACCUGCCUGUGCGUCUGUGCUAUGGUGGAUGUCGGUGUGUAUCUUUGACCGGGUUAAAGACCCGAAGUUAAAAAAAGCAGGGAUUUGAAACAUCACAUUCCAGGAAGUUGUCAGCGAGUCUUUUUUCCGAGUGGUCAGUUUUGCUCACGUUGCUUCUACUUUUGUCUGGAUCAUUUUCGGACAUGAUAGCUGUUUUGCAGUGUGGCUAACUUUGAACAAUUAUGUUUGGUUCAUCAUUCUAUUCUUUUUUUUACUUUUGCUGCAUUAGGAGUGGUAGGAGCUUUAUUUGGGAGCCAUCUUAGGAGCGAAGUAUCUCGCUGAGCUGAAAGGUCAUGUGAUUAUUGUCUUCUGUGUUUUAUUGGUGAGCUAAGCCGGUGGCUGAAUGGGCAAGCUGGCUGUGUUUGGCCAAGGUGCUGACAAGCCUUGAUGUAAUGAAAGGCCCACAUGUUACUUACAAGUGAAAUAAACAUCUUAAAUGAACAGUUGGCUGAAUAGUGGAUGGUCUGGUUUCAAAUCUUAAGCCUGCCGUAAGACAUCACAAAUGCAUGGUAGAUUCUGUUUUAAGAGACAACUAACCUUAUUUUAACCAGUAUUUAGAUAGGUAUGUGGUGUGUAUUGUUUUAUAGUCCACAUGAAACAAUGUUUAUGAAGUAUUAACUCGGAAAUUUGAUCAUCUCAAUUAAAAACACUUGGCCUUCCGAGGUGAGCUUGAUCAAACUAAUUGGACUCAAUUAGAUUCAGUUAUAUUGUCCUUUCCUUCCAAGGCAAUGACAUGCGUCCUCUGCAUUUGAUCCAUCCUAGUAACUUAGGAGCAGUUAAAUGCGUAUUAAAGUAAGGGUGAAGUGAUAAGAAGAAGGAUGACAUGAGAACAUCUUACACCAAAUACAAGACACUUUGGUUGUGUUAAGACUGGUACCAGUGGAAGAAACAGAUGCCGGUUUUCAAUACCAUACGCAAAAGGUGUGGAAAUAUAUGCGUGGCCCAGCCAGCACACUAACUCCAACAGACUGAGGUGUUGACCUGAUCCUCCUCUGUCCGUGCUGGUGACUGCUGAGCUCUGCUGAGUAAUAUUCCCACACUUUUCUAUCCACACCUAUGCAAAACAUUUACAAGCAUGCAAGCUCACUCUUCAUUUUGUCACUAGCCUGGGUCAUCCAUUUCCAUAUCUGAGCGUGGAUACAAAACGAAAACACAACAUGCGCACCUCGCUCAAGAUCCCUGAUGUUACUAAUGCACUGUACGUGUUACAAGGACAGUGUUUUAAAUAUUGCUUGACAGGUAUACCACCUUUUUCAUGCUGUACUGUACAUAAAAAAUGUGUCAUUAAAUCCAGCUUCUGUGAAUUGUCAUUUUCAAAUAAAACUAACAGUACUGUAUACAUGUAUCAUAAGCAAGUUGAGUAAGAUAUUUGACUGACUUUCUAAAAUGUGGGGAACGGGUGUAGUUCCACAUUCUCGUUGACAGGACUUGUGGUAAUCCCGUAUCUCUGAAGUGUUGGUGAGCACUGGUGGGGUUUGCCGGCAAGUUCUCUCUGCUUAAUUUCAGCUCCAGAAUACGACACGUUGGCAGACAAACUGAAUGUACGCCGGUCUGAAUGCGUCUUCUGCCGAGAGCAUAGAACAGGAAUUGCCAUCUUAGUGAGGACUUGGCUCUGUGUCUCACUGGGGUGCUUAUCGUUUGAGAUCAUUCACGGACUGACCUCUCUUGGUCAGGAACUGGAAUGCCCCUUGUGUCCAGCUCUGUAGUCCUGCGGUCCUCCGCUUGUAAAAGCUCCGCAUAAUCUUUUUUGUGCAGCUUUUUUAACAAAAGCAACCCGAUUCUGUUAACUAAGCUCGGGAAACCUGCGGAAACGUAAGAGAUCUGGACAAAAGGCUUGACACGUUAUGCCUCUAAAGAGCAGUAAAUUAAUACCUUACAGGCAUAUUGAAAUGAACAAAGAUCGAACACACAAAAUGGCGGAACCCAUUAUACAAUGCAGCGUGCUUUUCAUUCAGUGUAGAGACUUGAAUGUGGAGUGUAAAUGGCAGCCGCGCCCUUCAACCCACAGUCCAAUGAGACAAGCAGCAGUGCAUUUCCUCUAAGGAACUGUAAACUAAAUUGACUAAACCCUGCUGAAAAAAAAAAAACAGCUUGAGCUAGGUUUUCAAACCGCUGGUAGCUGGCUGACCUGUUCAGACCAGCUCCCUGCCCCACAUGGUUUGACUAGCUCAAGCUAUGUUUUGAAACAGCUGGUUGGUGGUCAUUUCAAGCUGGUCAUAGCUGGAUUUAACACCAGGGAACUGUACUUAAUUUGGUCCGUUUAACAUUCUGGAUCAGAACAGACUUCCUCCCGUAGCCCUCAUGGCUGUGAUGGGCUUUCCUUGGGGGGGGGAGAACGAAAGUGGGAUGGCAGUAACUGUGAGGUAACUGUCCGGUAAAUCGAAUGCUCAAACUUUGUCCGGUAAAUCAAACUUUCUAACUUUGUCCGGUAAAUCCAACAUUCAAAUCUUGUCCGGUAAAUCGAAUGCUCAAACUUUGUCCGGUAAAUCAAACAUUCAAAUCUUGUCCGGUAAAUCGAAUGCUCAAACUUUGUCCGGUAAAUCAAACGUUCUAACUUCGUCCGGUAAAUCAAACAUUCAAAUCUCGUCCGGUAAAUCGAAUGUUCUAACUUUGUCCGGUAAAUCGAACGUUCAAACUUCGUCCGGUAGAUCUAAACGUUCCAACUUCGUCCGGUAAAUCGAAAGGUUCAAACUUCGUCCGGUAGAUCUAAACGUUCUAAACCUCGUCCGGUAAAAUCUAAACGAUCUACACUGGCAGAUUAGCGAGACGUCCUGCCCGAGAGGAAGUAAGGAGAGUUUGCCCAUCAGUGCUGGGAUUGGUGUAGCUGCCGUGGAGCUGGUCUGGCGGUCGGCCUGUGUUCCGCUGGCUCCCAUUGCUCUCGUCAUCGCCAUAGUAACCUCAGACCUGCACUCCACCGCGCCCACUCCUGUACUAACAUUCCAGUUAUGAUGUGCUACACACCCCCAAUGCCUUGUGGUCUGGUUCCGGCUAGGCCUCUUUUGUAAAUGUGCAUGCCUUUUAUAAGUAUAUAUCUAUACAAAUAACUGUUCUUGUGGAAAAAAAAAAAGGAAAAUGUCUCCUUCUCUUACUGUAGUGGAGUCCUCCGUUUCCCCCUUCUUUCGGUCAGUGCUUUGGCGAAAGAUGAGCAGUGGCUCGAUGUCGCUGCUCGAUGGUCCUGUUGCUCUGUUAGCUGUGAAGGUUUUCUCUCUUCUGACUGGAAAGUGAUGUAGAAAGUGUUGAUGAAAAAUAAAAUGUGAUGUGCAUCAAAA